CGAUCUCUGGCACAUAUUACAUGCGUGUCGCACACACACACGCACACACACAAAACAGUGGAGGGAAAAAAAUGGCAGCUGGCGAUUAGGGAAAGAAAAAAAAGUGUUGAGUUUUUUCCCUCGAUUUUUCCCAGGAAAGGCGUCACCGUAGGACAAAAAGCCAAGAAGAAGCUUAGCGAGUUGGGAGCGGCUCCGGCACCGAGUGUCGUCACUGGACACGAGGCAACAUGGGAAAAACGCCACAGAAAGAGCAAAGGGAUGCCAAAAAAGAGAAACCAACAGCGGGGACGACACAAGAAGUAACCAAAGAGUCUUUCGCCUGGGAAGAGUAUCUAAAAGAAACGUCGUCUUUACCGGCGCCACCGAGUUGUUUUCGUCAGGCUCGCGUCCCGCCGUCCAACGACUUCAAGGUGGGCAUGAAGCUGGAGGCCCACGACCCGCGCAACUCCACCUCGGUGUGCAUCGCCAGCGUCAUGGGCCUGACGGGGGUGCGCCUGCGCCUCCGCCUGGACGGGAGCGACAACAGCAACGACUUCUGGAGGCUGGUGGACUCCUCCGACAUCCAGCCCAUCGGCACGUGCGAGAAGAACGGAGACAUGCUGCAGCCGCCGCUGGGAUUUCGCAUGAACGCCUCCUCGUGGCCGAUGUUCCUGCUGAGAACUUUGAACGGAGCGGAGAUGGCUGCAGCGACGGCCUUCAAGAAGGAGCCCCAGAGGCCCCCGCAGAACGGCUUCAAAGUGGGCAUGAAGCUGGAGGCGGUGGAUAAGAAAAACCCGCACCUCAUCUGCCCGGCCACCAUCGGCGAAGUGAAGGGCGACGAGGUCUUUGUCACGUUUGACGGCUGGAGAGGCGCCUUCGAUUACUGGUGCAAGUACGACUCCCGGGACAUCUUCGCCGUGGGCUGGUGCUCGCUGACCAAGCACAGCCUGCAGCCGCCCGGCAACAGCGUCACCCUGACGAAAAACCCGCCCGCCCUGAUGUCGUCGCCUUCCAAGCCCAGCAGGCGCUCCUUGCAGCCUCCUUACAGACCCCCCAACCCGCUGCCAAAGCUGCCCGUGAGGAAGGGGGUUCGCGGUCGCCGGCCCAAGAGCGAGACCCUCGCCCUUCUUAAGGCCAUGGCCGAAGCCGCCGCCCAGAACGGCGGCAGCGCCAUACACGACGCACAGCUCACGCCCCGGCCGCACAAGAAGAGAGGCCCCAAACCUGGAAGCAAGCGAAAGCCUAAGAUUCUCCAAAGCUUGUCACACCCAGGCGCACCCGCCAUCCAGGUUCAGCUCGGCAGCCCCGCCAGCCUGCCCUCGGUGGUAUCAACAGUGUGCGUGUACGUUAACAAACACGGAAACUGCGGCCCGCACCUGGACCGCAAGCAAAUGCAGCACCUGCCGGACCACUUUGGCCCGGCUCCCGUCAACUCUGUGCUCCAGCAGGUGGUCCAGUCCUGUCUGGACUGCGCGUACCAGCCCAAAGUGCUGCUCGGCGCUCUGCAGACGCACUCGGGUGGCGGCAAGGUGGUCAGAGUGAGAACGGACGGGGGGGUCCGCGUGGUCAAGCUGCCGUCGGCCUCCAGCACCGCCUUCGUGCUGCGCUUCUUGGAAACCGUGUGCCGCCACCUGCAGUGCGACAACUUGUUUAGCAGCCAGCCGUUCAUCCGCUACGCCGCUUCUUACGACAGGACCAAGUCAGUGAAAGAGGAGGCGAUGGACUCGCCCUCGCUGACCCGGGCGGGCAAGCGAAGCCUGGCCGGGGUUUCGCCGCCGUACGCCGCGCCGCUGUCUCCCAAACAUGUACGCACCGACGCCCACCCUUCAGAAGCCGAGACGCUGCCGCACGAAGACAACGUCCUGAUGAAGGAGCAGCGCUACAUGGGCUCCGCCUCCAACUCCGUGACGCCUCGGCCGCAGGUGGCGCGCAGUCGUUCCGAGUACCGCCCCUCCUCGGCCGCCCCUUUGCCCCGCCGUCUCGCUUCCAAUCCCGCCGAGUUGGCGUCGGCGCAGCUGCUCCGGCGAGUCGAAGCCAGCUCCACCACGGGUCCAGAGUGCAGCGCCACGGAGAGGGAGGGAUGGCAAACGCCCGCUAAGAACCCGGCGUCCUGGUCCAUAGACGAGGUCAUGCAGUUUGUGAGGGACGCCGACCCCGCGGCGUUGGCGCCGCAUGCAGAAUUGUUCCGAAAACACGAGAUCGACGGCAAGGCGCUGAUGCUGCUGCGGAGCGACAUGAUCAUGAAGUACAUGGGCCUCAAGCUGGGGCCCGCCCUCAAGCUGUGCCAUCAUAUCGAGAGGCUGAAACAGGGCAAAGUGUGACCCGCACCCGCAGCCAGGUCCUGUGACUGGCAGAGAGGGAAACAAGGAAACCCCCACCCCAUUGCCUCAGUAGUGUUUGUUACCUUCUCAUGCUACGUUUGGCUCCCCAAAGAUGGUGAAGGCUUCUUCUCCAUAGUGUUCUUCUGACUUUUCCUCUUAUCCGGCCACGGAAAGUGAAGAAUGUCUCUGAAUGCAUUCCGUUACGUGGACACACAUUCUCGUCUAUUUUAACAGGGGAUGGGCAUCAAUUUCAGUGGGCCCCUGCUGCUGGCGAGAGAUAGGGACACAGCUCUGCUGCAAAUACAGAACAUUUGCAACUAAUUGACGCUGCUACCUACCAAGGUUUGUAAUUGCCUAUAGAUGCCACAAGAUGGCAGAAAAGCACUUUUUUUCCUAUUAGACAAAGAAAUGGACUGACAAAAUCAAGCUCCUUCCCUCAUGCUAGGUGUCUAACGCAUAUUUUUGUUUUAGGCAUGGCUUUGGCCUGAGGUUUCUUUAGCGAAUAACAGGAUCAUUUCCCCCCCCCCCCCCAAAAUCUGUGACAAGGCAAAUUUGCAAAUGUUGACUUGCAAAUUUCACGUCCGCUAUGCCAUUUGUUACAUAACAUUAAAUAAAUAAACUUCUUAGUAUUUUUGCCAUCCACUAUUAACAUAAAAAUGUGGAAAGUAAAUUGAACAAUUGAUUUGAGUGCACUACUUGGCUGGCACCCACAGUGGCGCUGUUGUUUCACUCAACUAGUUUGUGGCCUAAAGAAGAACCCGACAGCUUGGCUGCUUCUGUGUUUAAGCUUUUACAUGUUUAUUUGUAAACAAAAAUGUUCAUAGUACAGUGAACCCCACAUAUUUGAGGUUCGGCAUCUACGCAAGUAUUGCUUUGCUGCCAUCUUGUGGCAUCUUGAUGGUGAAUGAUGAAGUGAGCUACAGUGAAGGGAGUUGAAGAGUUCCACUUAAAUAAAGAUCAGCUUUUCCACCCUCUUGUGGCAUUUAUAGGCAAGUAAAAUUUACACGAGUAAACCUUUUUUACUGGUGAUGUCAACUACUCCCAGAUUUUUUAUAUUUGAGACAGGGGUACCGCAAAUAGCAGGGGUUCACUGUACUUCUGAAAAUUUUAAACAUAAUAUUGACCUUUGGAAAAAAAAAACAAAUGGCUGGUUACAAAUUCCGUCAGUUUAUUGUCAGUUCAGCGCGUCUGAAAGCAAAACAUCUUUUUUUUAAAAUUAUAUUUACAGAAAAAACUGAUUUAUGUAAAGGUAUCAUGUCAAAUGGAGUCGAAAUGGAGUGCACUACUUGGCUGCCACCAGCAGAGGUGCUGUUGUUUCACCCUCAAGUGGCCUGAAAAAGAACAACGCGACGUCAUGCUAGCUAACGUCUCCAGCAAUUGUUGUCCAUCCGUCCGUCCAUCCAUUUUUCGUACCACUUAUCUAAUUGUAACAAAAAUGUUAUUCUCAAAACAAAACACCUUCUCCAUAUUUUGUAAACCUCCAGCUCUGUCGUGGGUCAAAUAGACCCAUUUUAACGUUCAACAAAUAUAUUUCAAAUGUAUAAGAAAUAGUUAAGAGUUAAUAAAAUGUCUUUCCAUUUUGGAACUUUUGGAUCAUUACACAUGCCCCGGGUCAAAUUGACCCAGGGACAUUAUUGCUGUUUUUGAGAAACUAGCAGCAUAACAGAAGGGUUAAUAUAAAGAUUGUUUUUUUUUUUUAAAAAGAUGACGCAUUCAUUGAUGAAAAAAAUAGUCAAAUGCCCAUCCCCGAUGUUAACGAUGAACUCACCACAUGUUCGUGUAUUAUUAUGACACUUCCUAAAGGCUUUACAGUUGACUUUGUAUUUGUCAGUGCACUUUUCCUGGGUUUAACCACGACGAGCGUGCCGCCGAAUGUACAUUUUGUAAAUGAUCAUAUUUUUUAGUAAUAUGAAAUGCUGUCCCGAUGCGGCGCUAUUCAAAGCGACAUGUCUCAGGUCUGUGUAGUGAUUGUCAGCGCCAGCUGUUUGUUUUUAAACAUGUGUACAGUGAACCCGCGCACAUUCGCGAUUCCGAAUUGGCAGAUUUUGUUUCUCGCCUAUCCUACUUAGCUACUUGCUGUUUUUGUUCUCAGGCCAAAACCAUGUCUAAUAUACAAAUAUUGCAUAGGCAUCAUCUUUUGGCAUUAUGGUGCCAAGUAACUAUGUUGAAGUGAGGGCAGAAUGUUCUAAUUUAGUCAGGCCAUAGCCUUGUUUGUUACCAAAAAAGAGUGCUUUGGCACCAUUGUGUGGUGCCUGCGUAGGUUUUCUCCGGGUACUCCGGUUACCUCCCACAUCCCAAAAACAUGCAGGGUAGGUUACUUGAAUACUCUAAAUUGGCCGUGGGUGUGAAUGUGAGUCCAAAUGGUUGUUUGUUUCUAUGUUCCAGUUCAGGGCGUAUCUCGCCCGGAGAUAGCUGGCAUAGGCUCCAGCACGCCCGCGACCCUCGUGAGGAGAAGCGGAACGGAAGAUGAAUGAAUGAAUGUGUGGUAUCUACAAGCCUAAUUCCAAUGAAGUUGGGACGUUGUGUUAAAGAUAAAUAAAAGCAGAGUACAAUGAUUUGCGAAUCAUGUUCAACCUAUAUUGAAUUGAAUACACUACAAAGACAAGAUAUUUAAUGUUCAAACUGAUCAACUUGAUUGUUUUUAGCAAAUAAUCAUGAACUUAGAAUUUGAUGGCUGCAACACGUUCCAAAAAAGCUGGGACAGGUGGCAAAAAAGACUGAGAAGGUUGAGGAAUGCUCAUCAAACACCUGUUUGGAACAUCCCACAGGUGAACAGGCUCAUUGGGAACAGGUGGGUGCCAUGAUUGCUUCCCUGAAUUGCUCAGUCAUUCACAAGCAAAGAUGGGGCGAGGUUCACCUCUUUGUGAACGAGUGCGUGAGAAAAUAGUCCAACAGUUUAAGGACAAUGUUCCUCAACGGACAAUUGCAAGGAAUUGAGGGAUUUCAUCAUCUACGGUCCAUAAUAUCAUCAAAAGGUUCAGAGAAUCUGGAGAAAUCACUGCAUGUAAGCGGCAAGGCCGAAAACCGACAUUGAAUGCUCGUGACCUUCGAUCCCUCAGGCGGCAUAGCAUCAAAAACCGACAUCAAUGUGUAAAGGAUAUCGGCGCGUGGGCUCAGGAACACUCCAGAAAACCAAUGUCAGUAAAUACAGUUCGGCGCUACAUCCGUAAGUGCAAUUUGAAACUCUACUAUGCAAAGCAAAAGCCAUUUAUCAACAACACCCAGAAACGCCGCCGGCGGCUUCUCUGGGCCCGAGCUCAUCUAAGAUGGACCGAUCCAAAGUGGAAAAGUGUUCUGUGGUCCGACGAGUCCACAUUUCAAAUUGUUUUGGGAAAUUGUGGACGUCGUGUCCUCCGGGCCAAAGAGGAAAAGAACCAUCCGGACUGUUAUGGACGCAAAGUUCAAAAGCCAGCAUCUGUGAUGGUAUGGGGCUGUGUUUUGGAGGUUUGGGAGAAACAUAUGCUGCCAUCCAAGCGACGUCUUUUUCAUGGACGCCCCUGCUUAUUUCAGCAAGACAAUGCCAAACCACAUUCUGCACGUGUUACAACAGCGUGACUUGGUAGUAAAAGAGUGCAGGUACUAGACUGGCCUGCCUGCAGUCCAGACCUGUCUCCCAUUGAAAAUGGAAGACUAUGAAGCGUAAAAUACGACAACGGAGACGCCGGACUGUUGCACAGCUGUAGCUGUACAUCGAGCGAGAAUGGGAAAGAAUUCCACCUACAAAGCUUCAACAAUUAGUGUCCUCGGUUCCCAAACGUUUAUUGAAUGUUGUUAAAAGAAAAGCUGAUGUAACACAGUGGUAAACACGACCCUGUCCCAGCUUUUUUGGAACCUGUUGCAGCCAUAAAAUUUUGAAGUUAAUGAUUAUUUGCUAAAAACAAUCACCUUGAUCAGUUUGAACAUUAAAUAGGUUGUCUUUGUAGUGUAUUCAAUUAAAUAUAGGCUGAACAUGAUUUGCAAAUCAUUGUAUUCUGUUUUUAUUUAUGUUUAACACAUCCCAACUUCAUUGGAAUUGGGGUUGUACGUAGAGGAAAUUGAAAACAUUAGUCACGGAUGGUGUAGCGGUCCACUCGCCUGACUUUGGUGCGGGCAGCGUGGGUUCACUUCCCACUCAGUGACGGCGCGAAUGUGAAUGCCAAUGGUUGUCCGUGUCUAUAUGUGCCCUGCGACUGACUGGCGACCAGUUCAGGGUGUCGUCCGCCUUUCGCCUGGAGUCAGCUGGGAUAGGCUCCAGCACCCCGCGACCCUAACCAGGAUAAGCGGUGUUGACGAUGGAUGGGAAGUGAAAACCUGGCUUUGGCAUGAACACAGAAACAGUGAGUCGGCAUAUGCGAGGACAAGUUCCCACCCCCACCAAAAAAAUCUGAAUUCAUAAAUGCCGGAACCAUGAAUAUGCGGUGCUUUACUGUACUCCCUUUUCCGUUUUUUUUUGACUGGUGCCAUAUAUGAUGCCCAAUCAAUGCUUCCUCUUUCUGUCAACUUGUAUUUGACACAUUUGUGUUACGACGUCGCGUUAGAUAAAUGACUUGUGUUCA